GACACACCCUACCGAUUGCAAUACACGUCAACUUGUAUAAAUAAAUAAAAGCCAGCCAAAUAACAAAAUCGAUCAUUGUGAGACUGAGAAAAUGGGUGAACAAGGCGAGGAGACGGGUCAGAAGCUUACGGAGCGCUCCACCAAGGAAGCCUACUUCGAAAGCCUCGCCGAGUGGGCCAAACAGGCGACGCUGGCCCAGAAUGCGAUGCUCAUGUUUCCCUACUACCUGAUGGCCAACUACCCGACCAUGUUCCCGGGACUGCCUUCUUCCGCUGCUCUCCAAGCAGCCGCCAUGGGACAACCCCAAGCACUGGUUCAGGGCUCGGCUGCUGCGCCGGGAGAACCAGCUGCAGAGCCUCGUUUGCCUGCGCCAAACUUCAGCGGCCUGCGGAUAUUGGGCGAGGCGGCCCAGCUGGAUAUCAUACAGCGUCUUGGCGGCUACGAGUACGUUCUGUCACCUUUUUGGAAGCGCGCCGUGGCGGAGACCAUCGAUAUGUUCAUCCUUUUCAUUGUGAAAAUCAUCAUUACCUUCGGGGUGGUCAACCUGUUCAACAUAGAGUUCGAUGAGGACGUGAUUCGGCGCACCCUGGACCAAGAAGACCUCUUUUCGAACUUCUUUGACACAUCACUAGAUUUUAUUUCGAUGUCCACCGACCUCCUGCUAAUCGAAAUGCUGACCAAGUUCAUCGUUUGCUGCUACGAAGCGCUGUGGACAUACCUAUACCAAGGGGCUACGCCGGGCAAGUCGCUGAUGAAGAUACGCAUAUACUAUGUGGAAGCAGUGAUGCCGCUUCAGGGGCCGCCCCUUCCACAGUUCGUCCUCCAGCCGCAGAGGGAGCCGAUGAGGGCUCUGCUUUAUCCGCCACAGACUCCCUCGCUGAUGCGCUCCUUCGCCCGCGCGCUGAUCAAGAACCUGGGGAUGACCCUGCUCUUCCCCAUUUGCGUGUUGAUGGUCUUCUUCAAGAACAAUCGCACCGCCUACGACGUCCUAACCAAAACGAUUGUGGUGGAGAGCAAUUCCAUUGCCGUGUUCCGCACCCAAGGGCAAGCGCAGCGCAAUAAUCGCUGAGGACGGCACUUAAACCAGCCAAAGUGUGUAGGAAUGGCGCACUCCUAUGCACUUCCUAUGCACAUAUAAAUAGACUUGUUAAUGAUAAAUUUAAUGUCGUUAUGUACUGCUGUCGUGUGAAAUAAAAUAAAAUAUCACAUGAAUACCUCAG